AUGGAUGACACCCCGAUCAAUUUUGACACGCCCAUACCUGAAGGACAACCAGAAAACAGCUCGUCUGGACUUCUGCAGUGCCAUCACUACAGUGGCCAGCAGACGAUGCACGGCGAACAAUCGUCAUCCAACAAGACAAUGCGCGCCCCCCAAGAUGGAGACUGGGACAUUCAGAUCCAGAAUCAACCUGCACAGUCGCCGGAUCUGAAUGUCCUGGAUCUGGGAUUUUUCAACUCCAUCCAAGCGCUGCAGCAAGCCCUGGAAUGUCAGACGAUGGAAGAGCUCAUUGGUGCCGUGAAGGAAGCGUUUUCGAAGCUUUCCCAUCUGAAAUUGGACAAGACGUUCAAGACUCUCCAGCGUGUUAUGCAAGUUAUCAUCGAGGCCAAAGGGGACAAUCGGUACAAGAUGCCGCGGAGCUGUUAG